GGUGCACGCACGCGGCACAUCUUAAACUCAAGAUAAACAUUCAAAAUUUAAGACUAAACGUUCGAUUUUCAAAUUAAAAGUUAAGACGCGUCCGGUCACUAUGAAUACUUGGCUACGAAUGGCCGCCAUUUUGUUUUUAUCGAUAUCAUGGCUUAGUUUUUCCAUAGGUUGUGACGUGAGUGACGUGGCUGUUUAUUCUGUGAAAUUGAGCAUGUUAUGGAGUGAAAAAAGGUUCCCGAAGGAUUACCCUACAAACCGGCCCAAGGCGCAGUGGUCGCCCGUAUUCGGCCAAUCCCACAACAGCUCUUACAGACUAUACCACGUGGAUGAAGUAGCCAAGGAAACUGUACGAAACUUCGCCCAAUUCGGCAAAAUAGACGACUUGGUGACCGAAGGUGAUGAAGACCAGAGAGUGUACGACCAGUUCUCAGCACCAGCUUUGAGCAACGGCACUGGAGAAAUGACCAAUUUGGUAUUUGUCGAUGGAACCCAUAGUCUGGUAUCUCUGAUGAGCCGGCUGAUCCCGUCUCCCGACUGGUUCAUAGGGGUGGACGGGAUAGAUUUGUGCGUCGACUCCGGUUGGUUGGACCAGAUUACAUUAGACCUCCGCCCACUAGACGCAGGCGCAGCCAGCGGCCUCACUUUCACGGCUCCCCGGUGGACGACGACACCCCCCGAGCCAGUCCGAAAGCAAGGUCCCAAAGACCCGAACCACCCUGCAUCUGGCUUCUACUACCCAGACCUUAAGGAGCUUCCUACAAUUGCUACUGUCGAGUUUUCUAAGAUAGAGGAGUAUUCUAUUAAAGAUCUAAAUGAACUAGCAAGACGAAAACUGUUAUCUCUUUUGCUAUUGAAAAAUAAAUACAAGGGCUUCCCUAGAGUUAAGACCACAACUGCAGCUAAUAUAGAACAAGCGGAAGAAGAUAGAGAUUACGAUGAAAAUGUAGAAAAAGAGAAUGUUAAUAAACUGAAAGACUUGGAAGAAGAACCAUUUGGUACACCUAGACCCAAUAUACCAGACAAUAACGUGAUUGUUGUGACCAGACACACCACUACUACCACAACAACAACAACAGAGAGCGAAUUUGAUAGUGACCUACAAAGUAUGGAUGACGUUGUACUAGCUGUAGCCAAAGGUCGCAAGCUAGGGUUGGGAAAACACCUGCCCAGGCAUUUUAGAUCACGGCUGCAUCAUGCUGUUAACAAGAUUCAACCCAAUGACUGCUUAGUAUCAGAAUGGAGUGACUGGACUCCUUGCUCAGUAACCUGUGGUUUUGGAGAUCAGUUUCGAUCCAGAACCAUUGUGAGGGAGAAAAAACGCGGAGGCAGAGACUGUCCCACUCUAAAAGAAAGGAGACACUGUGGUAACGUCAACUCCUGCGCACAUAUCGAUUAUUUUGAAUGGUAAACAUGUA